AGCCCCCAAAGAAUCGCUCUUUUUUUAAUAUUUUUUCAAGCUUCGAGUUUCUCUGCAAACAAAAACAGCUCUCUGAUUACUUUUGUUUUUAGCUUUCUGCUUAAUGGAGGGACCUUAAAACUCCUCUCUCUGCUUUGCGUUUCGUACAUUUCCAACAGUUUAAUCUCUAAAUCUCAUCUUCUUUUUGUGCUGUUUGUAUUCAACUUUCAAGAUUAUUUUUCAGCUGGUUCACAGGAAAUUUUAAACUUCUUUGAUCUUAUGUCUCCUCCGUUAUUGGGUGUUGAAGGGGGUGGUCAUGUUAAUGCUCCAUUGAUGUCAUCUUCAGCAUCUGUGGACUGUAUUACCCAGAGUGGCUCGGGGUUGAAAGAACGCAAUUAUCUGGGGUUGUCGGAUUGUUCCUCAGUUGACAGCUCAGCAGUCUCCAAUAUGUCUGAGGAAAACAAGAACAAUUUGAAUUUGAAGGCUACAGAAUUGAGGCUUGGUCUUCCUGGAUCCCGAUCCCCAGAACGUGAUUCAGACUUCACUCUACUGAGUUCAGGCAAGCUCGACGAGAAGCAGUUGUUUCCGUUGCUCCCUUCCAAGGAUGGAAUCUGCUCGUUGAUGCAGAAGUCCGUUAUCUCUGGAAACAAAAGAGGAUUCUCAGACACUGUGGAUGGAUUCUCUGAAAUAAAAAGUUCUGUUUUUACUGAAGGAAAAUGGAUGUUUAAUGCUACUGGUUCCGACUCUGGAACUCCUCAGUCUGUUGUAGAGGCAAAGUUAGCUGGCAAUGCUGGGAUAAAUGUGAUUCUAUCCAACAAUUCAUCUGGGUCUCAGCCAUCGAUGAAGAAAGAGUUGCCUACAAGAACAUUACAGGAAGGCCAUAACAAGAUUAAUGGUUCCAACAAUAACAACAGUGCACCUGCUGCUAAGGCUCAGGUGGUUGGUUGGCCUCCAAUCAGAUCUUUCAGGAAGAAUACUCUCGCCACAACCUUAAAGACCAAUGACGAAGUUGAUGGCAAACCUGUUCCUGGUGCUCUAUUUGUCAAGGUCAGCAUGGAUGGUGCACCUUAUUUGAGGAAGGUGGAUCUCAGGACAUAUUCCACAUAUCAAGAACUUUCUUCUGCUCUCGAGAAAAUGUUCAUGUGCUUUACCAUAAGACAAUGUGGAUCCCAGGAAGCUCCAGGUAGGGAAAUGCUGGGCGAGAAUAAGUUCAAGGAUCUUGUGCAUGGAUCAGACUAUGUGCUUACGUUCGAGGAUAAGGAUGGUGACUGGAUGCUUGUUGGAGAUGUCCCAUGGGAGAUGUUUAUUGAAUCAUGCAAGAGGCUCAAAAUUAUGAAAGGCUCUGAUGCUAUUGGAUUAGCUCCCAGGGCCACGGAGAAACCCAAGAACCAGAACUAGCUUUCCACUGAAGAUGACUGCUUUCUAUCUGUGCAGUCGAGAGUGGAAAAAUCCUGAGGAAGAAAAGGAUAAGGGAUGAAAAUGGCUUGAGGUGUAUUUGGAGAUCAUGUUUUUGGAAUCCUUCUGGUCUUUGUAUGUGUUAUUGAGUGCAUUCCAAGUCCUUGUCAAUUUCUGUUUGUCUUAAAGCUUAAGAUUUUUAUUAAUACGGAGAAAAAAACGUUUGUGGAGUUCAAAUUUCUUUGUUGAAACUACUGCUAAGUGAGUUGUAUUGGUGAAUGUGUGAGAUACUUGUUUAGACAUGUUAUGCAAAUGCUGUUUCGUCGCAUGUCUUAUAAUUGUUGAUUGUUGGUUAUUUCAA